AUGCCUUGUGUUACCCGUUCGGGGCGUCAGACUAAAGCCCCACCACCGCCUGACUAUGUUCACACUUACACGUCCAAGGACGAAAAGGCUGCCGAAUCUGAUGUUGAUGACAACCAGCCCUCUACAUGUACUACACAAAAGCAAACUCGCUCUUGUGCUGGCCCAAAGUCUGUCAUGAAUACCCAAAUCCAAGACCAUCCGCAUCCUCGACCCAAGGCUCGCCCUCUUCCAAGGUCUGAAUGUUCUGGUCCCAUGACAUCAUCUGCUGAAGAAGAUAUUUUCUUCUCUAACUUCAGCAGACGCUCGUCACUUGGCAGGAAGAAGUGCAGUGACGUGAAUGAAGGUCCUGAGGUCGUGUUGUCUGACACUGUCGAUGGGUCCACAAAUGGCACAGAUGGCGAUGUGACAUCAGCUGGUCUCGAGGAAGAUGGUACUAGUAAUGAUGCCAAUGAGGAUCCAGCGACAAACAACAGAGAGCAGACUCCAGUUCUAUCCAAUGGUGAACACGGUGGUGCUACAGUGACAAACAAAGGGGAGAGAUCUGACGGUGAAUGCAGUGGUGCUGCAGCGACAAACAAAGGGGAGAGAGAUGCAGGUCUAUCUGACAGUGAAUGUGGUGUCACUACUGUGCCGAAUGAAAGGGAGAGAGAUGCAGUUCCAUCCAACGGUGAAUGUGAUGGUACUGCAGCGACGAAUAAACAGGAGAAGACUACAGUUGCACCCACAACUGUUCGCCCGCGUAGAUCUGGUGCCCACAAAUUGUAUGCUCCUGGUCAUGAGAGCGAACCCGCAGAGAGCUCUGGCUCUGACAGCGACUGGGCAGAACUUGAAGAGAAGCAGAAGAAAGCAGAAUGCGCUAAUGACCCUGCGAGGCCAUUCAGACUGUCUGUGAAUGACAAGCAGAAGGGACCAGUGGUGGCAGACGACCAUGGUGACAAUCCCGAGGGCCCCGAUGAAGAUCAGAUGUCUGAAGAUGGGGAUAGGGCCACACAUAAAGCAGGAAGACUGUCCAAAGAAGGUGUUUUGAAAACGGAAGAAUUUGGCAUGAGGGUUAUGGCUGAAGCAACUGCAAUUGGAAAAGAGUUCGGGAAACACCGGAGGGUGAUUCUUAUCAAGGCAGGACUAGCGACGAAGGCAACUCGCAAAGAGUCUGCCUGGAACCAGCAUCAAGCCUGGUUCCCGACUGUACUACCUCCAUCCAAAGAAUCGAACUUGGCAUCAUGGAAAGUCGAGCAAAAUGUGCACUAUCAUGCCCACCCGUACAAAGACCCUAACCACGCAUCCCUAUGGAAGAAAAUCCAACACCAUUGGGAUAGCGUGGUCACCAGCCCUGAGGAUCUUUCAUCAUGGGAGUCAUCCAGUCUCAUGACAGCAGUUCGUGAAGUGUUUGCGAAAUUGUGUUUUAAAGUCCAGUUGCCAGACUGA